AUGAUCGAAAGCUCCAUGGCGAUGGCAUCCCCGGAAAGUUACGUGUUUCAGAUGGAGGCGGAAAAUUACGACAGUCUGUUGGAGAGGAUCACUUUUGGCGAGGCCGCCUGCAUGCAGCUGACUCCGCCGGUCCCUGCCGAUCUCUCCGGUUUACCGUGUCCCGAGCCCCCCAGACUAAGGCACCCCGACGACAUGCCGACGCUGUCCUGCGCCGAGCGCUCCUGCACGGAUGCCUUUGCAAACGAUGUUUACCCGGCCUGGCACUAUUACCCCCCGAUCCCCUUCGCCAGCCCGUUCGGCGGGGGCUACGACUAUUCCUACGAACCCGCCUUCAUCCGCAAGCGCAACGAGAGGGAGAGGCAGAGGGUGAAGUGCGUGAACGAGGGUUACGCGCAGCUGAGGCAGCACCUGCCGCAGGAGCUCACUGACAAGAGACUCAGUAAAGUGGAGACCCUCCGGGCCGCCAUCAAGUACAUCCGGGAGCUGCAGGCGCUGCUGGCCAUGCGCGGGGAACACGCCGAGCACCAGCCGCCCGCCGACGCCGUCUCCCAGGCAACGGGCGCCCUGGAAACCGCCGGCCACGCGGCCGCCUCCGGGCACCCUCUGGGGACGGGGUGA